AUGGAGGACGGGCCAGUAGAUGUGCCUGGUGCUGAAAGCACGUCGGCAGGUGUUGAUGAUAGUAGUACAAGGUUAAACUACGAGCUUGUGUCAGCUUUAUUGUUUAAUAGACGCACGGGUUCAGAAAAUACUCCAGAAACUACUACGAAUUUAGAAAGUUCAAGCUCGUCGAUGGAUAAGGAGGUUGAUGGUGAACCGAUUACAAACCCUGAACUGAAAUCAGAUGCCAACGUCGAUUCGCCAUUUAACGACAGCAACUCUCAAGACGUGUCUGCUGAAGCAAAUUCUGAAACUAGAGCUAAUCCAUUUCUCGAUUCGCUGUUGACAGCCAAGAAAAAGAGAAAUACAUUAAAGAUCCAGCGCGCAAGAGAGACUAUUAAGAGACAAGUGUCGACCGGAUCGAAUCCUAGUACUGCUGCUAGAAGGAUAUGGGCUAAUGGACGUGAAAUCACACCUGUGACGCCUGCCAGUCCCUCUGCUGACGUUGUUGAUGAGAUGACUAUCGAUAAUGACGAGAGCGAUAUUACCGUUAGUAAUGUGUCAACCAGCAGCGGUCUCAAGAUUGUAACCAGAUCAAAUAGAGGUGAUGGAAGAGUUGGUGGAGUUUCGAGGGAUGAAGACGAUAUUGACAUCCUGACUGUAAAAACUUUGACCAAACUUCCAUCCCAGACAUAUUCCCAUCGCGAUUAUCCACUGGCUAGCGAGCCAACUCCUUCCUUUUUACGGUCGUUCCGAUUUCUUCAUAAUGGCGUCGAGACGGUUUUCCAGGAAGAGGAUGCUAAUAGUAUAAUGAAAAACCCCACAUCCAGUUCAACCAAUACCGUGACGAGUGGUACACACGGUCCUAAAAAGCAUUAUAUCCCAGUAACUGACUCAACAUAUGGCACUAUUACUCCUGGUAGUGGCACUGCUCCACCGUUAACGAAAAGAUACAGACUUGAUAGUGCGGCAUUAGAUGAUCACGAUUCACCAGUGUGCACGACCACUGAUCAGGACAUACAGGAAGUAGAGGUCAUUAAUCUUUUGGGAGUAGACAGGGCAUCUGAUAUGCCAGAGUCUAAUGCUAUUAGCAGCCCAAGUCCUGCUCCUGAAGACGAGGUUAUUGUCGUGAGAGAAAUGCAUGGGUCACCCCAUAUGUCGCUGCCUUCGCCAUCAGCGUCGCCCAUUGGAAGUCAUAAUAGCAUGGAUCAAGACGUUGUUGUCGAUCAAACUAGACAGCAAAUGUUUGAGCAGAAUGAGUCUGAAGUACAAGAUAAGGACGACCUGGAGAUGCUGUCAGAAUCUGACAAGUCACUAGCGGUUAGGUCUCCUCGUACCGUUCAUAGCGUCAAUAAGGAUACGAUAUCCUCAAUUUCUAGACUUGUCAAUGAUUUUGAUGACUUACCAGCCCAGCUGAGACGUUAUGUUUUAUUUAACCUGCUGAAAAAAUCCGACCGGACGUCGCUGUCAAUGAUGUCCAACAUUAUCAUACCGUCAUUGCGAUGCGAUUUCCUGUCGUUAUUACCCAUCGAACUGUCAUAUAAUAUCUUGUCAUAUCUGGAUCAUAAGAGUCUCUGUCGUGCCGCUCAAGUCUCGCGUAAAUGGAGACAUAUCGUAGAUUCUUCGGAAUGGGUCUGGAAAAAUCUUUUGGAAAAAGACAAUUUUGCUUUGAGUGCUCGCGAUUAUCAAGAAGCUGUUGAAGAAGGUUGGGAUUAUGUAUCUUGGAAGGGAACACGCACUCGUACCUCGUCUGUAUCAUCUUCAUCGACAUCUAUUAUGCCUUCUCUUUCGACAAACGGGUUGUAUCAAGUGCCUGCUCGUGCUCGUAACCGCUGUCACGAUACUAGUCAUGUGCACGACCCCCAUACUAAUGCAUGCGGUCCUUCCAAACAGCCAUCAGCUUCAUUUUCAUUAUCGUCCUCAACAUCAUCAGCAUCUUCAUCAGCAUCGUCAGAUUCAUCUUCAUGUCCACCUAUUAACAUUUACAAAGCUAUUUACCGCCGCAAAUUCCUAAUCAACAGAAACUGGUUGAACCCAAAUUCACGACCCAAGCACCUACAGGUUCGCGGCCACGGUCACGACGUAGUCACUUGUCUGCAGUUUGAUGAUGAAAGAAUUAUCACUGGUUCCGACGACAAUACUAUCAAUGUCUAUGAUACCAAGACGGGUCAACUGAUUCGACAAUUUACUGGUCAUGAUGGAGGUGUGUGGGCCUUGAAAUAUAUCAACAAGCGCACUCUUAUUUCUGGUGCUACCGACCGUACAGUAAGAGUGUGGGAUAUUGAAAAGGGUAAAUGUACCCAUGUAUUUUACGGUCAUACAUCUACAGUGCGUUGUUUGGAUGUUAUUGAUCCUAUUCCUUAUACAGACAAGGUGACGGGCCAAGUUACCCACAUCCCUGAGGUGCCAAUGAUUGUGACUGGAUCCAGAGAUGCCACGUUGAGAAUGUGGAGAUUGCCCACUGUUGAUGACGAAGAGUAUCUUGUUACACCACCAGCAAUGGAUGCUGUACAUGUUAGCGAUCCAUAUUUCGUUCGUGCUCUUCGUGGUCAUAGCAAUUCUGUGCGAGCCAUUUCUGGCUAUGGAGAUACUGUGGUUUCAGGAUCCUACGACACAACUGUACGAGUGUGGAAUGUUGCCACUGGCGAGUGUCGCUGGGAGCUUACGGGACAUGUCCAGCGAGUAUAUUCUGCUGUCAUGGAUCAUAAACGUAAUAGAUGUAUCUCUGGUAGUAUGGAUUGGUUCGUAAAAGUGUGGUGUCUUGAGACUGGUUCUCUGUUAUACACUUUGGAAGGACAUACCUCGCUCGUUGGUCUUCUUGAUUUGAACAGAACUACACUUGUCUCAGCAGCUGCUGACUCGACACUUCGAAUCUGGGACCCUGAAGAUGGUAGACUUAUGCACAAGCUUCAAGGUCACCAGGGCGCUAUUACCUGUUUCCAGCAUGACGAGAACAAGGUUGUUUCAGGCUCAGAGAAAACACUCAAAUUAUGGGAUACUCAUAGCGGCAACUUGGUUAGAGACCUGUUGACUGAUUUGUCUGGAAUCUGGCAAGUCUGUUUUGAUGACCGCAGAUGUGUCGUUGCUGUUAAACGAAACGAAGAGACGUACAUUGAAGUCCUCGAUUUUGACUACGACCCGACCGAGGCUAAGGUUCGUCUCUGA